GUUAAUUUGACACCAAUACUAUUGUUUAAUAAAUUGUUUUAGUUCGUAUAAGAUUAUCGACGAAAAUGGACGUACACUGGUUUUACUGUGUGCUUGUUUUUCACAAACUUGUUUCGGUAUGGUCAAGAGAACUUUUGUUGUAUUCUUUAAAUGAUGGCAAUAAAAUACCCGCUGUAGCAUUGGGAACCAGCUUAGGACAUUUGGCAGACGGUACGAGAGUUCUUCCUGUGAAUCACUCGUUGGCACAAGCCGUACAAUGGGCUCUAGAGGAUGGCUAUAGACAUAUAGACACUGCGUCCCUGUACAAAGUUGAAGACGAGGUCGGCCUUGGCAUACGAAAUUAUGUCAGAGAUUCCCACGUCGAUAGACGAGACAUAUACGUGACUACUAAACUGUGGAAUGAUGCCCAUGAGCGCAAUGAGGUUAGACCCGCUUUAAGAAAAUCUUUGGAAGAGUUGGGACUGGAAUACGUGGACCUUUAUUUAAUGCAUUAUCCUAUGGCUUAUAAAGUGAGUCAUAAAGACGGUAAUAUUAGUCGAACAGACUAUGUGGAGACGUGGAAGGGUUUAGAAAACGUGAAGGAAGCUAAUCUAACCAAAUCUAUUGGCGUGUCAAAUUUCAACUUGUCACAAAUGCAACGACUCUGGGAACGUAGUAGAAUUAAGCCAGCCGUUUUACAAAUCGAGGUAAACCCUACAAUAACUCAAAAUGAAUUAGUCAAUUGGUGCAAUGAUCAUGGAGUCGUGGUGAUGGCUUACAGCCCAUUUGGCGCGAUACUGGGGCGAAAGAAAGAUGCCCCACCACCACGUGCGGAUGAUCCGAUAUUGAUGCAAGUUGCAGAGAAAUAUAAUAAAACAGUCCCUCAAGUUUUACUAAGAUAUUUGUUGGAACGAAAGCUGGUGGCUAUUCCACGUUCGACGAACAAAGACCGUAUCAAGCAAAACAUCGACCUAAUGGAUUUUUCACUCACUUCUGAAGAAGUUGAGGAGCUGUCAAGCUUUAACAGUAAUUACAGACUCCGGACACCAGCUAAGUGGUAUCCGCACCCACAUUUUCCAUUCGAGAAAAAGAACCUUACUUCAAUGGAAAUAAAGCACAUAAUCGCGAACAGUAAAGAUGACUGAGAUAAAAGAAAUCUUUGAUUUCCACAUUCGAAUUACAAUAUCGCGGUUAAAAACUUUUGAUUGGUGAUAAUUGAACCCGGAAUUUCCAUUAAGCAGUCUUAUAUUUUAAGAGCAUAAAUAUUACAAAGUUUGCCUUUGUUAGCGUACUUUCGAGACUUUCCUUCUGUUUAAUGAAUUUGUUUUAUGUGACGUUUAUUAUAAUAAUAUUUCUGUUUAAUUUUGUAGGUAAUUUAUGUUUUCUAAAUUGAGUAAUGUGGUUUUACCUAAAAAGUUUUGUUAUAUACUCUUCCCUGCAAGGUUUAAAAAUAUUAGUGGAAUAUGUGUUGGGCUUGUUAACUCAUCAAAGUCGGUACAGAAUCACAGAUGAUAAAUAUAUGCGACCGAACUAAACUCGCGGCGCGUUCAGAUAUAAUUAAUUAAAAUUAAAUUUACUUCGAAGUAGAAAAUCUCGUAUACUCUUUCGUUUAUAAUUACGUAGCUAUGUUUUCAGGAAUUAAUAAAAUAUAAUAUUUAAAUCUGGCGAGUAAAUUAUCCUCGGCUAAUCAAUUUAUAAUUACGAAUUUAAUAACAUUCCCAAGUCCUCUUUUGUCUAUUUCUGUAAAUUUGUGUUUACGCUGUGGUGAAAAGAAUAACAGUACUUUAGUUAAAACGGUUAGUUAAAAUUUUAUCCAGCUCUAAAACUGACAAAAUGUAAUAUCAUAAAUAUAAGAAAUUUUAAAUUACUUUUAGUUUUUUCCCUCUAUUCUAACGCCUGCGUUGGAACAUUAUUCAAUUAUUGGAAAAUUAAUUAAGUUACAAGCUACCUUUCAAACAAUUAGAAAGAAAUGUUUAUUAAAUUCAAAGCCUCAUAGUGUAUGUGGAAAAUUAUGAAUAACUGUUAACUAAUUAACCUUAUAUAUGUGUACAUAUAUAGCGACCUUUAUAUUUAAUAUAAUUUUUUCUUUAAAAAAAGUCAGCAUUGAUUGUCGAAGCUGUUAACGGUGAAUGAUUCCAAAAUGAAUGAGUGAGAGUUGGCCUAUAUCCAUGGGAGUGUUAGUCUCAAGCCUAAGUCGUGCGUCCGAAUCACGGCGGAAAGAAAAUAUGAGGUUGGUCACCCAAAAGGUUGACCAAUAAGACGCCAACAUCAAAAUUGAACUACUGUUUCUGUGUAUUGAUUUUUCUUGACCGAAAGAUACUGACAAUCCACGGCUAACCAAUGUGAUUAUAUCCCCACCUAUCUACUAAAUAUACUUCUCAAAAAUGUCGCUAUCGUAUCAUUUUAUACAUUAUAUUUAUGUCUUGUAGUAUAUAAUAUUCUAUUAAGCGGGCAUUGGUAAAAUAAAAAUAUACUCCCGUAUUAAAAUCCCGUCAGACGUAAACUGGAUUGCAUAGUGAGAUAGUUUACGGAGCCCAGAAUGGUAAUUUUAAAUGCCUUAUUCCUUAAACUAUAUUUAAAUAAGCCAGGGUAUUUCAAGAACAAAUUGAAAUUCGAAUCAUUAUUUUUAGCAGCCAGUCUUAACACACAAUUGCUAUACAAUGAGGUUCUAUUAACGGCACUAACAUUUUUAGAUUAAAAAAUACAACGUAGGUAAUACGAGAUACACAUUGCUAAUGCUUUAGUUUAAUAUAAAAGCUACGUCUCUCCGAAUUAAUAGCAAAUGAAAUCGCUCCUUUGACGUAGCAGAGUAGGACAUAAUAUAGAAUGAUUAAAUACUUACCUUAAAGGAGCUGACUUAGUCUUUUUAAUCUUCUUACUCUAUGUACAAACUAAUUGAAUUCCUUUAACCGAGCUUAUAAAGAGUGCCGCUUUCUUUAAAGCUUUGAUACUCGUCGCUUAAUUGUUAGAAAAAGGUACCGCGUGUUUAUUUUAAUAUUCUACCGCAUCCGUGGCUGGAUAGUCAAAUGCUUUGUUUGUCUCUGGCAGUUCAAAUUUCAGCGUAAGAAUAUGUUCAAUAUUCGAAUAUGUAAGAUAUCAUUUAACAUUUCAGUAUAAAUGUAUCAGUCACGUAAAGCACUAUUUAUCGUAGUCAUAGGUUAAGACUUACUUUGGUAACUUACUUUGGACUUACUAUGUAUCCCGUGUCCAGUAACCAGUACAUUUCUGACAUACCGGAGUCAAACUUAGCGCUAAGUCUUAACUGUACAUCUUCACCAUAACUUGGGCGUUCUCAACCCAGUAAUAUCAGGGAUAAACUUUUGAUUGUAGCCUCAUUGUUUUAGAAAUAAUCUCAUCUCUGACAUUAUUAAAUAAUAAAACGAUACAAUUCUAGUAAUAAGUGUAAGUGUCCCACACUUGAGGCGAACAAUAUUUCCCUCGACCGUAGAGGUUCACAUUCCAAAUUGCUUUAUAAUGCCCUGAGCUAUCGUUUCAUUUCUUCACUGCGAAGCACUAAAAAUACAAUUCUUUUAAAGUAACAUAAGCUUUUCUGAGAAACCGCAAUAUGAUUCUAGUCUUCCGAAGCGGGAUUCGUCUCGGAAUAUUAAUGAAAGCAAAAUCAUUCGGAUAUUAGUAUUCGGAAGGAAUCGAUCGCGUUUUUAUUCGUGGCGAAUAAAUCCAAGCUGAAUUCUUAAUGUGUAUUAAUUAGGAGGAAGCCUUUACGGAUUGAAUGUCUUAAUGUUGGCUGUGGGGUGUGUAUCAAUGGACUUUCUGAUUCUUUGAUGUAAUUGGCUAAUUUGUUGCCUCCGCUGAUUCUACUUUUAUUGAUAUUUACGUAAAUAGGGUAAAUAUAAGAUAUGUUUUUGUGAUUAUAAUAAUAACGAGCAAUGAUAAGAAUAUAUAUUGUUAGAAGAAUUUGACAUACAGUAUUUUGUGUUAAAUUUCGUUGUCGAAUAUUAGACAAUAAAAAAGUUGCCUUGCAAAUGUGUUAGCUUACUAUCAGGGCUGACCGAAUUAAAAAAAAAAUAUAAAUAGUUACAGAGCAAAAUAUAUACUUAUUUAUACCAUUUAUUAUAUAUGUAAAACUUCUCCCAGUUUCGUUUUUGAAACAAUAUUAAUUAUUCCGCACGAUUUCCACAGAAACUGAUCUUACAAAAAUGGACGGUUAAGUCUAUUUGUAUACAUUACAUAAAUCUUAUUAAAAAUCUUUUCAUUUUACGGGAUUGAUAGGCCACCACUCACACUAGGGACCACAACUCGUAUGUUUUGCGAGCUUGCCUUGCUAGCUAUGAAAGCAUUGAAAAUAUACAUAUAUUGUUAUAAAUUUGCAAUAAAAGAUCGAAAGGUUUGUUUUAAUCUAAUUAAUAUUGUACUCUACUGUUUUCUAGCGUAAUAUGUAGUGUUGAGCCGAACUAAUGUGUUGCCGGCGCGUGGCUGCCGUAUUAAUGUCGGAGCUCAGGAGUACUGUGGCCUCAUAUAAAUGAUACACCUACUUGUAGCUUGUAAUCUUCCGUACUAAGCUGUUGUAUAAAUUGUACGCCGUAUAUAUUAGUUAUUUUCUUGUUUUUCAAUAAAACAGUGUUGUUUUCUAUUGGGACUUUUAACGUUUAAUGUAAUGUGAAUUAAUUAUUUAUAUGUUUUGUUAAUCCCAACUAAGUAUCAGCGAUUUACGUAUCAAUCAUCGUUUAUUUGUUCAUUUUUUCACUUUCUUUACACUGAAUGUAUCGUCUGUCCGUGUAUCUAUUAUCACUGAAAUAUUAACAAUAGUGAGUUUUGUGCAAAAUAAUACUACUUUUAAUGUGUGUAUAAUUUAAAACAAAGUUUAAUAAGGGAAAAACAUCAAAAAAAUAUGAGGCUUAUAAAUAAGUUUACUUUUUCAGGAAAGCUGCCGGGAAUUACAUUAGUUUUUCUUCAUUGUAAUUGUUUAAUACGUAUUUGGUUUAUGCGACUAUUAAAACUUCUUUAACGUAAAAUAAACGUCAUAUUAUAUUAUUUUCACAA